UAUGACAGGUUGAGAACAUCUUGAUGAGAACAGUCAAGAUGAAUUUCUUCACUAUUAGUUCUUUAGUUAUAUAUUUUUCUGGGGUUGGAGAAUCAUGCACAAAGGUUAGUUUUAUUAAUUUAAAUCCCUUCUUUAUUGCUUUUUUUUAACUGAUGUGACAUUUUUAUUUAUUUUUUUUAAACUGAAGAUUACUGAGAAUCUGCACUACUCAUGCAUGGGAAGAAACCUCAGCUUCAUACCAUCCAGUAUACCUUCUUCUGUUCAAACUCUGGAUUUCAGUUUUAAUGUUUUGAACCGCUUACAGAGGACUGUUUUCCCAAUUUUGUCUUUUCUGCUAGUCCUUGAUCUGUCAAGGUAAUCAAUAUUGUUACCAUCUAAAUAUGUUGUAUAAUGUGUUGCUCUAUAUCAAAUUUAUGUAUUUGUUUUCAGAUGCCAAAUCAAGCACAUUGAAAAUGAUACUUUCAACAAUGUGAAGAAUUUGACAACUUUGAUUCUCACUGGAAACCCUAUUACAUAUUUUGGACCUGGAUGCUUGAAUUCUUUACAUAAUCUACAAAGACUAGUUCUUGUGGAUGUUGGUCUCUCAUCAUUAAUGCUUCAAAUGAAUGACCUAACCAAGCUGCAGGAGCUUAGAGUCGGGACAAAUAACAUUGAGUCCAUAUCUCUCCCUCCAUUUAUGAGCACCUUCAAAGAGUUCAGUUUACUUGAUCUACAUGCCAAUAAUAUAUCCAUCAUCAAAACUGAUCACACUGCGGUGUUGCGAGAGAUCGUUAGAAACAUGACUUUGAUUCUCUCUAGGAAUCCAUUAUUAUACAUUGAACCAGGAGCUUUCAAAGACAUUUAUCUCAGAGAACUGAACAUCCGAUCAGCCUUUGUUUCAUCUGCUGCUCAGCAAGCUGGUCUAAAAGCUCUAUAUGGUCUUAAUGUCCAAAAAAUUAUUUUUGGAAAAUACAAGGGAGAAUUCCGAUUUCAGUUCUCUGAUGCUAAUGUUUUAGAUGGUCUUUGCUCUAUUUAUUUCCAGGAGGUCUAUUAUUAUAUUAAUGAAAGGCCAAGUGUGCCAAUUUAUAUCUUUCGCUGUAUGAUUAAUGCCACAAAUGUAUUAGUAAGGAAUGGUAUGAUUGAUGAGAUGGAGUAUGUAUUUUUUCGUGAAAUCAAGGAGCUUUACUUGGAUUAUGAUCAUUUAGGAACUUUACCAGGUAAACAGCUUUCACAUCUCCAUACUUUAGAAAAACUAGUAAUUGCACACAACAUUGAACCUAUACAUGCUGGAACCUUCAUAGACAUGCCUAAGCUUCAGUAUUUGGAUUUAAGCUGUAACCGAAUGACAUUAAAACAAUGCUGCACCACACUUUUGUCUGGCACCCCUCAAAUCAGAUAUUUAAAUUUGAGUCGAAAUGGAGAAAUUAGUCUUGAUGUAGGAGGAUUUGAUGGACUUGAUUCCCUUGAGAUUCUAGAUUUCCAACAUACAAGGGUUGUAGGUAUGGGAUAUUUUUCAGCUUUGUCCAACUUAAAGUAUUUGAGACAUUUGGAUGUUUCUUAUUCAGCUAUAACAUUUACAAACAUACAUUGCUUUUAUGGGCUGAAGAAUCUUAAUGUUCUCAAGAUUGCCGGCAAUAAUUUUCAGGGUGAUGUAGCAAGAUAUUUGUUUAAUAAUCGCACUUUUCUAGAGCAUCUUGACAUGUCAUAUUGCCAUGUGGUAGAGUUACAUCCAAACUCAUUCAAAAAUCUUCAAAGGCUUAGACUUUUAAAUUUGAGAGGAAACUAUUUAAUGACUAUAGAUUUUCUGGCUCUUCCAAACCUGAAACAAUUAACAUCACUUUAUGUCGAUAAAAACAGCAUUACUAGCAUCCCACUUCAUGUUCUCCAAUCGUUGCCCAGAAACCUUUUGGAGUUUGAUUUAUCCUCUAACCCCAUUGAUUGCUCCUGCUCCCAGACAGAUUUUAUUUUGUGGAUUAUCCAAAAUCAGAAGGUUUUGAAGCAACCUGAAAAUAUUUUCUGUAAAACGUUUUCACCAAGCUCAGAUUUUAGAGCAAAAGACUUUGACAUUCACAGCUGUGUACACAAGAAAAGACUCACAAUUGUUUUAUCUGUAUGUUUUGUUACAGUAGUAGUUCUUUUGUCAUUCUUGGUUUAUAGGUUCCAGUUUUAUCUUCAGUAUUGCUGGAUUCUACUGAGAGGCUAUAGAUCACCUGGACAGCAAGAAUGUUCCUAUGACGCAUUUGUGAUUUUUUUCUCCAGCUAUGAUGAAGUCUGGGUCAUGAAUGAACUGAUGGAGAAUCUAGAGAACGGUGUUCCACCUAUUCAGCUUUGCCUUCAUAUGAGGGACUUUCAAGCAGGGAAGUCCAUCGCCUCCAACAUUAUCGAUGAAGGAAUAAUGGGCAGUCGUAAAAUCAUUGUGGUCGUGUCUCAACACUUCAUUGAAAGUGCCUGGUGUCGCUUUGAGUUUGAGUUAGCUCAGUCUCGCUUUAUAAUGGAACGCAAUGCCAACAUCAUCAUCAUCAUUCUGGAAGAUGUGGAAGAGAGAAAGACUAAGAAAGUGUUUGGACUUCAUAAGCAUCUGAAAAAGAACACGUACCUAAAGUGGAGCAGAGACCCUUUGAGUAACAUGAGAUUCUGGAUACGCCUCAGGAAAGCUAUUAUUGCCACAAACCAUUGACAGUUUUUUGGAAAAUGGAUAGUUCUUGUGUAUACCUCAAGAUAGUUUGUCAGUACAGCUUUCCAGUUAUUUUCACAACAGCUUGACCUGAUCAUUGUGUGUGUAGUAGCUUCCCUAUAUUCAGGACAGGAUGCUAAGUUGUUUUUGACUCAUAGGUUGGAAUAAACCAUGUCCACACAGUCUGUAUCUUGACUUGUUCAUUUAUUAAAUGACACAACAAAAACAACGAAAAACACAUGCACUAAAAACAUGUGUAGCUAUGGUAAGAACCAUAUGUUCCCAUCACCCAUACAUGUCUAAUACAACUUC